UCAAAUGUUUCUAGUCAAUGAUCAAAUAAACCCCCUUUUCCACAAACACUGUCUCAUCUUCCACCGCCUAUACUAAUGGCCGGAAAAUGGCUACCAACAGCGGAGUUAACCACCAGCGGAAGACCAAUACUUUCCGUUGAAGAAGUAGAAUGCUUCUACCUCUCCGCCGUCGAUAUCGAACCCGACCUCGCAACCCACCCAACUCUCAAACCAUACACCGCCGGAAUCCUCACUCUCACCACCCACCGCCUCAUCUGGAUCUCUUCAGACGAUGCCGUUUCUAUCUCCCUUUCUCUCAUCACGCACAUCUUCCCCCCAAAAAAGUCUCUCAAAUCCAUGCUCUCUAUUUCCAGUCCCAGGGUUAAAUUCGAGCUUUCUCUCUCCUCCGUGGGGUCCACGUCGGUGACGCUGGUGAUGAGGGGAAAGUCGGAUAAUCAUGACUUGUUCUACGAGAAGCUUUGGGAGGCGUGGAAAGGAAGGGCGUGGCAGAAUUCAGGCGUUGAGUUCAAUGCUGCUGCCGCAGCGGCGGCGGAGGUGGACUCUGCGAGUAGCAUGGCGAUUCGGGUGCCAGUUGUUGGUGUGGCGGGGAUAAUGAGGAAAGAGCAGGAAAUGUGGGAAAGUACUGAUAAGACUUUGCAAGAUGCUUUCCAGGACUUGAAUGCUCUCAUGAGUAAAGCGAGAGAGAUGGUAAAAUUGGCAGAGAGAAUGAGGCAAAAGCUCUUGGCUGGGCCAAAUAGUCAGUCCAGUAAUGCAGGUGAUGAAGAGAUGAGCUCCAAAGACGUGCAAGAAUUGUUGCUCAGUGUCGGUAUCAUAUCGCCGGUUACAAAGGAAUCUGCCGGGGCCUUGUAUCAUCAGCAGUUAGCUCGCCAGUUAGCAGAUUUUGUCAGGGUUCCAUUGGAAAGAGCCGGAGGAAUGAUUAAUCUUAUUGAUGUUUAUUGCCUUUUCAAUCGUGCUCGUGGGACAGAGUUGAUUUCACCUGAUGAUUUAUUGCAAGCAUGCACUCUUUGGGAGAAGCUUGAUGUUUCUAUAAUGCUGCGGAAGUUUGAUAGCGGUGUUAUGGUCAUCCAAAGCAAGUCUCAAAGUGACGAGGAGGUUUUUGGUAGAAUCAGAAAUCUUGUAAUGAAGCCUGAAGCCCUACGAGCUGGGAUAAGUGCAAGUGAUGCUGCAAUGACUCUUGGAAUAGCUCCAGCUAUGGCCAAGGAGCAUCUUCUCGCUGCUGAGAGCAAUGGUCUGCUUUGUAGGGAUACUAGCCCCGAUGGUUUCAGAUUUUUUGUUAAUCUCUUUCCAGAGAUCAAUUUGGAUGACAUAUACCUAGUGAAAGAAGCUGGGAUUUAUACUUCCUGGGUCGUUUCUGUGGGGACAUCUACAUCUUAGUAAGAUGGUCUCAAGUCUCAACUUGCAUACGGAGUAUAUGUUAUAGUGUUGUAGAUCUAUGUAAUUGAUUGGAUAUCUUACUUAUUUUCAUUCUUUGAUGUUUGUAUUGACUCUUACUCCAGAUCGCAAAUUCGAAUGAUAUUAAAGUUCAAAGUCAGUGCGAUCAAGUCUGAGUUACAGUGAUGCAUAAACUAUAUCUUUUGUAACAUUGAUAUUUUUUAUGUAACCUUGUCAAAUGUUUUGGUUGUGUAACCUUGAUAGAAACAACUAAUAAGGUUGGUUCUGGUUCUGGUUCUGGUUCUGGUUCUUGAAUUUGUUUCUCAGCAUCCUCCUCAAUUACUAUUAUAUCUUAUGCUUUAUUGCUUUGUCAAUUGUCACCAAGUUGGUUGUCUUGUAUUAAUAUUUAAUAGUUGUUUACUUCCUAGAACGUUCCAAUAUCAUAUGCACAAUAAAAACGAUCCAGACUUGUAUGGAGAUUCAGAAUUUAAGGUAUUACACUUUUCAUUUUCUUUCCUUUUCUUGCGAGUCACAUAUUCCAGUAAAUUUCAAUCUUUACUUCCUAUCAGUGUUUAUAUAUAUUUUGGUAAGUCGUUUCAGCAAGCAAUUUAUACUAAAAUCAUACUCCGUAUAUUAAUUAAUUCCAGUAGAUGGCAAAAGCCAAAAGGCGGCAGCUUAUUGGUUUGAUUUAGUCUUCAUAUCUGUAGCCUGCUAUAAUGUCAAGCAUUUAGAUAAGACUAGUAAAUUAGAUUUUUUAGUUGUUGUGAUGAAUCAUGAAUGUAUGGAGAAGCAGAAUCCUUAAAAAGAUGCUCACACUUGAACAUAUUAACAAAAAUUCAAAAGCACAAUCAAACCCAAUAAAGCUAGACGAGUCUGUUCUGAUGUUGAAGGAUUCUCCCAAGUAGAAAAUUACAAUGUCUCAAGUGCUGUGAAUCCUAACACUUCUAAAAGAGCAAGAGCAAAGUUGUGGUUAUUAUUGCAGCAAUAGUGAGAUUACAAAAUUGCCCCCAACUCUCAUGUUUUACUACUGCUUUACCCCUUCCCUUCUCAGUCACGCGUCCUCCCUUCUCCCUCCUUAGUCCUCAGUCCUCAGUCCUCCCUGCUUCCCUCAUUUUCUUUUCACCCCUGGUUCUUCGGCUCCGCCCACAUUUUCUCUCUCCUCUACCUUCUUCUUUCUCUCUCCUUCAUUGUUCUUCUCUGCCACAUCCAUCUCCAUUGUUUUUCACGAAACUGUAUUUGUUGUUUUCCAUAUUCAUAUGAAUUAUUGGGUUUAACUAUGAUCUUGGUUCAAUGAUUUUAAUUCCUGGGUUUAUGCGUUCUUAGUUCAACAGAUUUUAGUUCCUCUGGGUUUGCAAUGAGAGAAUGAGAAGGGGAAAGGAAGUGAUCGGAGGAAGUAGGAGAGAGAGCAGAGGAACGAAAGUCACAGAAAGAAUUGCCUAGGGUUUCAUCAAGAGGCUGCUCCGCCAUAAAAAGAACCGAGUCCUGGUGGUUGUUGCUACUUCCAGAGUCGUAGCUUUUAUUAUUAUUAUUAUUAUUAUUAUUAUUAUGACCGUGGUGGCUGUGCUCAGGUUUGAGACAUGGAAUGAGGUGGCUGUCGUCCCGGGUUCGAGUCCUACUAGCUCAAGUUCACUGGCCGCGGCAAUUAAGUUGUUACAUUUGUGGCGUUUUACAACCAUCAAUCAGCUGUGUUGGCAUUACAGGAUUUAGAUAUACGUCAACACUAGCGACUCCAUACAUUGAAUCCGGGUAGUACCUUGGGAGUUUGCAACGAGUAAUCAAUAAACUCAUCCAUCAAUAGUUGCUGCUGAAAAUUUCUUCGAUCAUAGACUUGAUGACUAUACAGCUCCAACUGCAAGCAUAAUCUGUUGCCGGAUCAUUACAAUCAUAGUCCUGGUGUUUUUACCCCAUAUCGGUGAGCGAGUUUGUUCAAAUUGACUUUGAAAAGGGAGGCACCACUACUUGUAGGAGAUCUGAGGUUUCUAAUAAAUCCUUCCAUUUAACUCAGGUGCAUUGGAACCAUGUCGAUGAAAAUGAUGGAAAAAUACUCAACCUGUCAAACCUGUGGUCAGGUGCACACAUGUUAAGUCCCCAAGCAGGAUUGCUCAUUCCCUGUGCAAAUGGUGAUGAGAAGGCAUUACCAGGCUCUUGGUCUGCAAUUUCACCCUCCGUUUUUAGGGUCCGGGGCGAGACUUACUUCAAAGACAAGCAGAAACAUGUAGCAGAAGGUUACUGUCCUUAUACUCCCAUAGGUGUUGAUUUGUUUGCUUGCUCACAAAAGAUAAGUCAUAUUGCUCAGCACAUUGAACUUCCCACCGCUCAAGGGAACAGCAAAUUGCCUCCACUACUGAUUGUUAAUAUAUAGAUGCCUACAUAUGCUCCUUCAAUGUUCCUGGGUGACAGCGAUGGUGAAGGCAUAAGUCUGGUGCUGUAUUUCAAGCUAUCUGACAAAAUCGACCAAGAAAUUCCAUCAGACUUCAUAGACAGCAUCAAGAAAAGCAUUUCCUAAUGCAGAGACUGGUAGACAAAGAAUCUUGAUGGAUAAUACGAGGCAUAUUAUAGCCAGAACUACCAUCAACAUCAUAUGUUGGCACGGAAAAUGUUGAUUGCAAUGUUCUUCCCAACUCUGUAUCACCUGCCUCAAGAGCUCCUAUUGUUGUAGCAGAUUAUGCUGCCUCACGGGCUUCUCUUUGCACGUUUUUAGAUGCGCGUGUACUUGAGGACGUAUGCUCUUGAGUAUCUGGUGUUGGCUGUUUGCUCUUCUGCUAACCUUAUAACCAUAAAGCGAGUUGAGCAAACUUUGCAAGAUCUUGGGGGGUUUAAAAUCAUUUGUGGCUUUCCUUGAUCAACCACCUGGGUAGCUGAAGACAUAGAAUUGCCGAGUUUUAAGGACACGGAUGCCCCUUGGACUUAAUUGGAACAAAUUUUACUCUGGAGGCUUCCAUCUGUCAAAUACCAGCCGCCCAUGGAUAAUGUUUCCGCCACAUUAAUGCAUAUGUCGCACUUUCAGUUGCUUGUUAUGAAAAAGCAAGAAGUAACCUUGAGGUCCGUUCAGAUCGUUCUGAAGUAUAUCCGUCUCCAAUCGAUGUCACAAACCUUAGAACUCUAUGGAGUGCCUGCAAAUGCAACAACUUCUUGCAAAUUUGGGACCAAAAUUCCUAUAAACUAUGAGUGCAUGAGUAAAACCAGUGUUGCACAGAUGCUCCUGUCUCCUGGCUUUAGUUAAUGUGCAUCUCCAUAUUGCUAGCCAGUUGGGUGUAUGUAUAAAUUAGACUGACAGUUAAGUUUUAUGAAAGUAAUCUUUUGAACAUCUCUAGCACUCUUUGUCCUUUUGCAUGCAAGCAUCACCUUAGUUUAAUGUAGCAUGUACCUAUUGUUUAACUAAGUAUUUUCUCUAUACUUUUGAUAGUUCCUACUGUAUAACGUCAGUAUUUGCGUCUAUAUAUUGAAUCAUUUCUCUCUUUGUGAUUUUCA